AUGUUUGGUGGAGCAGUUUCCACUACUUUCCCACUUAGGUUGGAGGAUGUGAGCAAUAGUCGUGAAACUCUUGAUCAUCAGGAGGUGUUUGUGGAUCCUGCACGUGAUGAAUGCCUAAUAUUUGAACUGUUAGAAUUGAAAGAUGAUGUUGAAGACAAUGGAAGUUGUACUUGGUUUUAUCUGAUCCAGGUGACUGAGCAGUCAGCAGUGUUUGAGGCUCCUGAACUCCAAUUCAUAAACUUGUCAGCUAUCAUAACAACUGUUACUGCCCAAAUGGCCAUCUCUAAUGCAAGACAAGGAAGAGAAGCACAAAAUCUAGUGAAUGUAUCUUUUAUAAUUUCAUAA